GUGGCUAUGUCGCUCCUGGCUGCGCUGCUGCUCCCCGACUCCCCCCCCCCCAUCCCGCGUUUCCUCAGAAGCCAAUAAAGAAUCACGAUGCGUUUUUCUUUAUGCCUCUGAAGGAAGGGUUAUAGGCCACAAUAAAUAAAACGUUGAGGUGCUUUCUGAAGUUAAAUCUAGCUAAGGAGUAAGCAAGCCCCGUUGAACAAAGCGGGGCUUCUGUAAAUAAGCUGAUGCUGCAAAAUGGCUGCCCAAAAUGAGAGAAAAUUAGCAGCGUUUCAGGCCCAACGUCAUCAUGUUGUUGUAAUUUGUUUCCUUACCUGCCACUAGCCUUGAGGUGGGGGGGAGGUCAAAGGCCAAUUUAAAUAUACAACCAUUAAAAACAGUUAAAACAUUACAUGCAGGGGGAAAGGGCGUGUUGUCCUGUACCUCAGGUGCUAAAGGGUACAUCUUCAGCAUCUGCCUAAAAUAGUCCUGUAAUGCUGUAAAGACAGGAUACAAUCCUUUGCGCCCUUACCUGGGGGGUAAGGCUGUUGGAGCUCCACUCACUCUUUUUUACUGUAUAUAUAUUUUUUCUGAGUUUCAAAAGUUUACAAAUUAAUACAUAUCCAGAUACACAUUAAUUUCACAUUUGACUUCGCCUCCAUGAUUUCCCCUGUAAUUUCUAAAUGUGCUGCAUAUUAAAGACAUUCUAUCUUUUCCACAUGGCAAUCCACAGCAAUCCAAUCUGUGAACUUUUAAGUAGACGCUUGUAUACUUUUUAAAAAAGGAUGGGUGUCUUAAUACACUUAUCCUAUCUUCACCUGGGUGCAGGUCAUAUUUAUGAUCAUUACACUUGUUCCUUGCAUUUACUCAAAGGAGCCACCAGGUCAGUAUCUGGUUCCAUUGUAUUUUUGCAACAGCAUAGGUUGAACUAGAGAAAUGGGGACAAGGCACAGCAUCGCCCAUAUGUCAGGCAAAAAACAUUCCUCUUCUCCAAGGCUACUUGAGCAACCUAUGGCCUUUUAAACUGUUGUGCUUUUGUUUUUGUUUGCUACUGUUACACAUUUUUGUGUUUUUAUAUUUUAAACUGUCCAGUGAUCCUCAGAUGAAGGGCAGUACAGAAAUGUAAUAAAAUGAACUUAAGGGCUGGAGGGAUUUGGAGUCUCCCGGGUCCUGCUCUCAAAUCACUACAGAGUAGGACUUAACUAAGAUUGUACAGCACGACUGCCAUCCUAAAGCCACUUUCUAGGAAGACCCGUUGACUUUGGGAUUGAUUCCUCGGUAAACAUGCGAAGGACUGGGGCUGCCUUUACUCAAGAGAACAAGAUUGAUCGCGGUAUAAACUUCUAUUAACUAGCAGUCAUCAUCUCGUGUGAAAAUAAAAAGGCCCCCUGCGUUAAAUAGAAUUUGCUCCCAAACGCGGACGGGACUGCAAGCCUUUCCUCGUAUGAAUCUCCUGCCCAAGCACUUUUAGGGACUUGCUCCCAACUAGUGAACGUGCGCAAGAUUGUAGCCCCAUAGCGCAACUGGGCUUGUUGGAUCAAGCCCUUUGCCGCUUCCAAACUGAAAAGUCAUUUGACCGUCAGUGAACGAAAGCAGACCGGUCCUAUGCCAUUACCGGGGGAAGUAAGGCGCUUGCAGCCGGAGCCUCCGAGGCGCGCUUACUCUGAAGUAAGUCCCACUGAGUUCGACGCAGCUUCCUCCCACGCAAACUUAGAAGCAAUUCGCAGCGAACUCAGUCGGGGCUUCCUCGCGAGAAAGCGAACAUGUGCUAAAAGGGGCUGCGUCCCGCCCCCUCGCCUAACUUUCGGGCACGGAGAGCAGCCUGCGCUUCUUGCCCUGCCCAGGCGCCCCUGGAGGGAAAAGGAGGAGCCUCUGGCGGACGGCGCCCGCCCCCUUGCUUAAUCGAGCGCAGAGGGAGGAGGAAGCUGCAGCCCCGGCUGCUUUCCCUUACGAGAGCCGGCGCCGGCUUCCUCGCACCCCGCGGCCGGCUUCAUGGCUCCUGCGUCGCGGAUCGCUGACCUGCGGCAGGCGGGCAACGAGCAGUUCCGCAACGGGCAAUACAGCCAGGCGGCCGCCCUCUACGGCCGGGCGCUGGAGUUACUGGAAGCAGCAGGUACUGGCGGCGGGCGGCGAAAGCAAUGGCAAGGCCUCAGUUUCCAGGGAAGGCAGUCAGAGGGGGCUGGGGAUCCUGGGCUGGGGAUGUACAGGGCUAUAGUGCCCUCCUGCCUUGCCCCAUAAAGGGGUGUCCCCCCCCUCCGUUUGUCUUUAGCCAAGUUAUGUGUCUUCCCACCCAACCACCAUCGCCAGCCCAACCCAUCCCUUAGUUCUGUGCAGUCUUUUAAGUCUCAAAUAUCGCCUGCCCCAAAUUACUUAUAUGGGGUGACUAGAUCCAGAAUCGUAUAUGCCGAGUAUUAGGAUUCAAAGCCAUAUUCCAUCUGCGAAUGUUUAACUUGCAAAAAAAUGUUCCUCCCCCCCCCCCAUGCACUGAUGACAACAACCCGGUGCUUUUCUCCUGCUCAUGUGUGAAUCACUUCCUGAUUUGCAGAGUCAUUAAGGGCCUUUAUGGGGCUUGCCCUUAAAACAUCCCUGCGAAAUAGGACUGCACCCAUUUUACAGUGGGUUAAAUGGAAGCCCUGAGGAAGCCACCACUAGGAGAGAUGGGAUCUAAAUAGCUCUGUAUGGUUGUGUGUGAGAGAUAAGUCUUAGGUUUAUUUCUCAGUGUCUAAAGCUAAAGGGAUUUUACUAGGGCUGCAUAAAACCCUGAGAGAUUUUACUCAGUUGUAGUAUCUAGUUCUAGAUGGUGGGGUGGCCUGAUUAAUAGGUAACUUUGUAUAUUCUAACCCAGGUGAAGUCUUGUAUAUACAGAAAUUAAUAGUAAUGGUGGUUUGGAUUUUCCCCAUAAAACCAUCCUGUGCUGAGGAACAUUUUGUGUUGUGUCGCCAGGUCCCAGAUUGAUAACCCUGAAGCGUUUGAUGCAAAAGUAAGGAUACCACUAUGUACGUUUGGAGACCGGGAAUAGUUUUCAAACCAUACCUGAUGGCAGAAUAUAAAAACUCCAUCCCAUUAGCUGGCUUUGGGAGCUCUGGGCUUCUUUUUCUUAAACCAGCUCUUUAGGUAGAGUAGCGGUGCUUUAUGGUCCUCUGGAUUAAUAUGGAACAGCAUUCUUUGUCACGCUACAUAUUCCUGGAAUUGGCAGCCCAUGGAGUACAAGGCACCCAACGUUGUAGGUUGCAGUGGGCAGAUGAGUGGAAGAUGUUUAAGUCUUCAUAAUUGCCCGGUCUUUUUGUUACUGGUAGUCUCUGAAGCUCCUCUACAGCCUUAGACUUAUUAGGUCAGCAGGCUGUCUGCUGCAGUAAUUGUGUCACAAUGAGCAAGUUUGGUUACUAACAUAAAAACAGAGCCAGCAGUUGGACAGCUCGUGGGAUACACUUUCUGUUUCCUUUCUUCUCUCUAGGCUCUCUCUCUCAGCCUCUGAGCUGUAGACUUUACUUUCUGUUUCCUUUCUUUCCCUUGCAUUCCUAAUGAAGUUAAGGUGAGGGACAGAAGUUGAUUUAACUGAGCUCUGGCUUUGGCCUUGUCGCCCCCCCCCCCCCCGCAUAUAUAGUUUUUAGCAGUCUCUGUCAGGGCUUUCUUGAACAUGAGAAAGGAAGGACUUCUAGACGGAGGGCAAAAACAUCCUGAAAUGGGGACACCCUGAAGAGCCAUACACUUGCUGAAGAAAUGAAAGGAAGUGGGGCUCUCUGGAUUGGUGGGGGCCACAGACAAUGGAAUAGGAAUGUUUUUGUUUUUAAACUCGCUGUACUUUCUAUAGUCUUUUUUCCGUUAGUGUGGACAUCACACGGCUUCUGAGAGCUGUAUCUGACAGGCUUUUUCCCGCUACUGAGGUACCAAUAAUAGUUACAGACAUACAUGUGAUGUCUAUCAAGAAUACAAAGCACAUGUCUGCUUUUUAAAUUUUUUGGCAGCUUUCCACUUCAAAAAAUCUACACGAUAUAUAUAUGGGCAGCAGCUGGAUCCCUACUCUCCUGUAUUUUAAAGUAACUUUAAAGUUGCAUGUGCAUCUAUCCUUAUUCUAGUUAUAGACAGCAUACAUUGUAUUAUUCCACUUCCAUACCCAAUUACAAAGAAAUCUGCAUUGGAAAUGCCUACAGGAACACCCAGAAAGAGGUUUGUGGGUGAUAGUUUGACACUAGUAAGCAGUGUAAGAUUAUAGGGAGCUAACCUUGGUUAAAAUGGCUAACUGUCCUACUUUUAGUGCUGCAGCUCCAGCUCUCGGGAGUCAGUUUCCAGUUGAAAUCAGAUGGGUGCCUAGCAUGAUGGUGUUUAGACAUCAUCUGCUGAAGACAUUCCUGUUUAAUAGGUUUUCCCUGGGGUUUCCCCAGCCAUUUAUGAAAGAUCAAUUUUAUAUCUGAUAAACAGUUUAAUUGUGUUCAGAGUUUUUAGGAUGGUGUUAUUGUUUUACAGUUUGUUGAAUUGAUUUAUUGUUAGAACUUGUGUUUCUGUGUUCUGGUCUCAUUAUGUAAGCCACUGUGAAGUGGUUUAUAAACUUGUAUAAUGAUAGCAAUACUUUUAAAAAGUACAGUCCUCUGUAUGGUGUCCUCUGUUUAAAGGGCUAUGCAAUCUAAGUCCAGUUUAAAGAAUCCUAUGAAUAUUAGCAGGUGCUUUAGUUGUACUGUUCAUAACACCUAAACUUUUUAAAUUAGACAUUAUUUUCAUUUAUGUCUCCUUGUUCUUAAAAGUGUGUAUAUACUGAUAAUAUAUUUACUGUUUUUGAAGUGUUUUAUGGCUACCUAAUGACUGUUUUAUACCAUUUUGUGUAAACCAAUUUGAUAUGCUGCUUAACAAAUAAGUAAAAAUCUUGCUAAAUAAUGAUUGGAGAGCAGGAGCCUUGAAGUUGUCCAUCAGCAUCUAGACAGCAGACUGAACAAGACACACAGGUUGCCUGUCAGUUUUUCAACAAUAAGUUAGAUGUAUUAUAUUUGGAUUUAAAUUACAGUAAUUAUUUUUCUAAAUUCGCACCUGUAGCUGUGAAUUAAGCUUAUGCCACCUCCUACCCUCUCUUUUGGCAAUGCAACUGCUUUCUUUGGCAGUGCCAUUGGUUCAUCUAGCUUAGUAUUCUUUGUGCUGAUUGGCUCCAGGGUUUUAGACAAGAGCCUUCCCAGCCCUACCUUGAGAUGCCAGGACCUUCUGGAGCCAAAGCAUGUGUGUCACUGAGUUACGCUCAUCCCCAAGUUCAAACCCACCAAGAGCAUUGGAUAAAUAUGCAUCGGUCACACAUUGUCAGCCAAACAUGCCUCAUAGGUCUCCUGUGAGGAUAAAAUAUGCACUUGGACCAUAUGUGAGACCAUAUGCAUAGGGAAUGGGAGACCAUAUAUACUGCUUUGAGCUCUUUGAAGGUGAGCUUAGAAAUGGUAGAAAUGAGGAUAGGGAGGGGACAGCACAAAGAUCAUGUUCAAAUAAGGGACACUGCAGACAAUCAGGAAUCAAUAUUCUCUUUAUAGUGCAGUAAAAAAUGGUAAGAGUGCUGGUUAAUGAUGGUUUAGUGAUGUUACUAAGAAGCCGCCCCAUUCAUUAACAUUUUUUCCCCAGUUGUGACCUCUGCCCUCACCUCCAUCAUAGUUACUGGUCUUGAAGCUUUACACAAGGUAACAAGAAGCAUCUUGCAGAGGAGGGGGUCCUCCGGAUGUUGUACUACAUCUUCCAUCACCUGUGACCAUUGGCUAAGUUGAUACAAGUUGUAUUCCAAUACGUUCUGGAGGACCACAUGUUCCCCAUCUCUGUUGCAGAGAAUGAGGCAUCUCCAAAUCCCACUAUACCCUGCUUAGUACCAGAGGUACUUAUGCUUAGAAAUCUGACUUAAUGUUCCCUUUUAUAUCUAGGGGAUGCAAAUGCAGAAGAGAGGAGUGUUCUUUUGUCCAAUCGUGCUGCCUGCUAUUUGAAAGAUGGAAACUGUAGUCUCUGCAUUAAGGAUUGUUCCGAGUAAGUAGUUUCUGUCCUGAGGACAAGAGAAUGGAAGUCUAGUUUACAUAUUCCUAUACAUUGCUUCCUCUUACCGCUAGAUGCCUUUCAGACCCUGGUUACAGAAAGGGCCAACUCAGCCUAUUCAGAACCCACUCUCAACAGGUAGGGAAUAUUAGACAGGGUUGAAGCACAACACACUUUGCCCACAGAGUUGCUGGGGAGAAGAGGGGGAUUUGUUCUGUUGUCCCUGCUGGCUGGAAGUAGGAUUAUCUUCCAGUGUUCAUUCCUAAACUUCCCAAAAUAUAGGUGGAGGACAGAAGACUGUUAAUGUGACUCUUUCAAACCAGCAGCAGUAACCAGGCAUUUCAAAUCAUUGUAUUUUAAGCUGGUUAAAUAGUUUUACUCAUUUCAAUUUAGUUGUGUUCCCCAUGUUGUAGGUUUUGAAUUUCAAAUUUAUUUUUGGAUAAAUAAAUUGUUAAGAUAAAUGAAUCAAAUAAACAAAUGCCCUCCCCCUACUUCUUUCAGCAAAAAGUUGCUGCUGUGGGGGAAAAAAUCACAUUCUGCAAUCUUUGGAUGCAGUAACUGGCCUAUAAUUCAUUUCUUGUGGUAUUUAUCUUGCUGUGUUUUCAUUUUCUUUCAUCUGCUCCUUGCAAACCAUUGUCAAGCAAGCAGCAGCAUAUGGAUACUUUUCAAUAUAUAUUUUAAAACAGUGUAGUAGCAUCACAUGCACAUUUAACUUACACAAAUUCAAUGACACACAGCUGUGACCGCUAGAAAGGAAAUGGUGGCAAGGGCAUUGCCUCAAGCGACGACAGUAGCCUUCCAGGGAUGGCUGCAAGUGGAGGGGGAGGGAUGAAGGAUGAAGGCAGACUGACAGAGGCUCGGGCAGAAGAAAAAGGCUGGAAUGGAGCUGCAGCUUCUGCCUGCAUGUCUCUGUCUGCCUUCCUUCCACCUUCAUCUCUCCACCUUCCCCUCUGGUAAGCACAGCCAAGGGAACCGGGUUGCUGCUACCACCAUCUCAAUGCUCCUCUGCAGCUGCAGAUGUGAGGGAAGGCAGUGGAGACACAGAAAGACUACAUGCACCCUCUCAGUGCUGCCACCACAUGUGCAAGAUUGAGGCAAGACCACAGAGACAUGGGGUAGGCCUCUGCAUGGGGCUCCCCCACCCCCAAGCUUGCCAGACAGCAGCCACGAAAUUUUGGUGGGACAGAAUUUUGCACUUACUGUACAAGCUACUUCUGGAAUGGAACCUCCAUGUGUGAUGCCGCUGCUAUAGACAGCUAGACAUAGAUAAAGAAGGGGGGAGUCUGUCCAAGAUAACAUUAAUCUUGUUGGGUAUUCUCUGUGUGUGAGAAUCAUUUGUUCCAGAGACAGAGAAGAAGCAGAAGGCUAAGAUUGUUUUGUCUAUGCAAGGAAGUUUUCUGUGGGAACUGUUCUUUGGUUCUGUGUAACUUGUUGUGAGUCUCUUGCUUGCGCCUUGUGGUGAGAGAAGCGGAGAGUUAGUCUUGGACUCUAAGCAUGCCUUGACUACGGCAGUGGUGAAAUGUCUGUAUAUCUUUGCUACCAAUAUGCAUUUAUGCCUGUCAAGUAAACUUCUACACUUCACUGAAUCUUUAUGGCGUCCCCAAGUGUUUAUUGCCUGUGUGUACCUUCAACCCUGAAGACAUUUGUAAGGAAGGAGCUGCGUUGAGAUGUAACUCUGCUGAGUAUUGAUACUGGCGCGCGCGCGCACACACACACACACACACACACACACACACACACAGUGAAAGUGAUAGCCAGACCCAAUUGUUCUAAACCAUCCAUCAAAGGUUGAUGGAUUGAUUGAACAAUUCUUGUAUAUGGAAAAUUUCAUUGUGAAAUGGUGUGGCUUGCUCAAAUAACUUUUAUAUGAUGGAGAACCUGUGGCCUACAAAUGUUGCUUCACUACAACUCCCAUUGGCCAGGUUUCCUGGGACAGAUUAGAGCUGAAGUCCAGCAACAGCCAGUGAGCCAAGAGUUUCCAAUCCCUGCUUCUAUAGUACUGUACAUUUUAUCUGCAGAGCCCAAGAGACACCCAAACUCGCCAGAUACUUGAAAUUUUGAUAAAUAUUUGCUGUGCAUGUGAACCCUCUUCCGCCUACUGCGUUUGAACAUUGUAAAUUCUGCUGUUUAACUUUUAUUUAUCCAGUAAUCUUUUGCUGCCUUUUCUGCUGAUUUUAGGGCCCUGGAUCUGGUCCCUUUUGGAAUCAAGCCCCUGUUGAGGCGCGCAGCAGCCUAUGAAGCUCUUGAGAGAUAUCAUUUAGCCUACGUGGACUACAAAACUGUGUUACAGGUUGAUAUCACUGUACAAGCUGCACAUGAUGGAGUCAAUCGGUAAUCCCCUGCUCUGUGUUCAAAAUGAAUGUACAAAAAAAUUUCUAAUGUGUAUUUUAGAUCAUUCUUGCUCCUUUCAAAUUAGGUUCUAUGUUGUUCCAGAACAGUUUGAUAUCGUUUAAGAUGCAGCCCACCUUUGUUAAAAUAAGCAUAGAUCCUUGUCUAUAUUCCAGGCAACCAGAUCUAGGAAUGGAACUUCUGUGCUUUAGAGGUGCAUAAAUCAUAAUAGCUAGCUAUCUGUUUAUGGGAAGGUGACUGUGUCAAACAAUGGCUAAACUAAUAACUGUUCCUCUUCCAGAAUGACCAAAGCCUUACUGGAAAAAGAUGGUCUUCAGUGGCGGCAGAAGCUCCCACCCAUCCCAUCUGUUCCAGUUUCUGCUCAGAGACGGUGGGAGCCCCCAACUGGAAGCCAAGAAGCUACUACAAGAAGCAAUGAAAACACUACUGCAGGAACAAAGCAAGGUGAGUAGAUCUUUUGCUUUAGGGAUGAGAAUGAGGGACAGAGCACACAGAGCCUCAACUAACUCAUCCAAAUUCCAACUGGCAUUAUCUUUCUGAUAACUCUAGGCAGUUUAGAGAAACCACCUGGAAUCUGAGGUGGGAAUAGGGGCUUAGGGACACUUUAACAACUUCAUCUGCAGAACUUGUGACCACCAAACUGAACACAGCCCAUCAGUCAAGCAUUGUGGCUUGCCAUGUGCUUCAUACCCACCCAGCCACCCUUUCUAGUUCUCUUGUCUCAGCAAUAAAAAGCAGACUUUUCAAAACUUAUCAGAUGCUCUCCAUAACUUCGCUGCUGUGCUACAUUUAGCUUGCUGUAUCACAAGCAGCCCAGACCUGAUCAAAGUACAGUUUCAUUUGUGUAUAUACCUCAAUUUCCAUGUAUUAGAGAAGAAUAUGCUUCUAUUAUAUGUUUCCUGUUCCCAUUGUCAGCUCCGUAGAGCUGGUACUGCAGCGCAGUCUUUUUCUCCAGCACUUUUUUUUCACGGACCCACUGAGAUUUGCUGGAACUACUACCUAACACAAAAAGCUAGCUGUUUGUGUUGGCAUUGAGUAGCUAUUAAAUUUGUGUCCUUGAUGAGCCGUCUUCAAAAGGAGCUUUUAACAAGUAUAUCCUAACAUAAUAAUUUGACUUUCAGUUGUUAUAGUUCCACCCUCUGAAACAUCAAGGACUGAAUUUUUAUUUGUGGUUUGGCCCUCUGUCAUAGCCGCUUUCAGGGUUACACGGUGUUUUUUCUUGAAAUGAAUUUCAGUGCCUACUGCUGCCACAAUGGAUCGAGCAAAUGUGUUGAAGCUGGAAGGAAAUGAGCUUGUAAAGAAGGGAAACUAUAAAAAAGCUGUUGAGAAGUACACAGAAAGCUUAAAACUCCAUAAGCUGGAAGGUGCAACGUACACUAACAGGUAAAGCUAAUGUAACCAUCUGACAGGUCCAGGUAUACACCCUCAAAUUACGCUGUAGCACAUUGUAUCAGAAACUAUUUUGACUGCCAAUCCUAAAACUGUAAUGUGGGUGGAAGAUAAUGGCUGCAUUUGCACAUAAAAUGCCAAAAAUGCACAAUUUAAAGUUGGCUUCAUAUUCUGGCUUGUUUUGGAGCCGUUAACAAUAGUUUCUGGGUUGCAAGAAACAGGGAGCUAUAGCUUAGUGCUGAAUCCUGACUUCUGCUGCAUUUCAUGCAAAGGGAAGGGGAAAAAGUGGCAGAAAAGGGACUGCCUGCAGGUGCUCAUCACUCUCAUAUAUCUUAGGUUAUUAAGCCAGGAUUUUGGUUUACGGAUGUAUGCAAAUAUGGUCAAUAGGGAUGCUUUGGGGUUGUGACAUUUUUACUCAAGUGUAACAUACACUUGCAUGCCCUGCUUCCCUCCUAUACUCCCAUACUGCCCUAUACCCGUAGAUCUCAGGGCAGUUCACAACAUAACCUGCUUUGAUGGGGCCAGUCAGAGUCUCCGAGAACAGAAACAGGAAGAGCUCUCCCUUACUACUAAUUCUGGAAUUAUCAGUCUCUCUGUGCUCCUAAAGAGGCCGAUACCUGAUUCAUGCAGCUCAUGGAGGCUAGGUUUCAAUAAGCCAACAGUAGGUUGGGAGUCAUACUUGUAGGGGCCAUGAGAGAGUUUGCAAAGGGGCCAUUGGGGGAGACAAUAGAUAGAUGGAAAGGUAUUGGACACUCCAGGACCCAGUGUUUGCUAACAGCCUGGAUGCACAAGUACAGGUCAUCCUCAUGAAGCCUAGUUCUUUUGGUUGAUAUGUUCCUGUGGUCUCUGUUUUCAUUAAAGGAGUUAAGGGUACCUGGGUAGAGUCCUUUCCUCCCAAAUGGUUUAGUUAUGUUCUGUAAUGAUAGUAUAUGUAAAUUAUGCUCUGUAUAUACUGCUACAUGUUGUUUUACUAUGUGCAGCAUUCAGCUUCCUGAAAAUACCAGCUUCCACAUCUUUUUAGCUCCAGCCUCUUUAAAGGUCUACUUUAAAGGGGUUUUUUUUUUAGGGGGGGGGGACCUGUUGACAGAAGCUAAAAAUGUGGAUAUGCAAGAUGAUGAUCCUAAUUGAUCAAGGUGCAAAUGGCUGCAGUCACAUUGGUUUAUUACAGAUGAGCAGAAAGCAGCUGCAUUUAGAAGCAGGAGAAGAUGAUGCUGAUGCUGAUGAUGAUGCUGAUGAUGUUGGCAGUCUAGCUCAGUCAGGAAAACGGCAGUCAUGACAGUUUUUGGGUGGGGUGUGAAAAGCAAGCUUUUUAGAAGUGCAUUGUUACAACUUAAUCAUGGUUGAGUUGAUGAUGUUGGACUUGACCAUUGUAUUGGCAAUAUUCAUUCAUUCUACUUAUCAGUUGCCAAGAGCAAUCAUUCUAUGAGAGAAGCCAAUGGGUCUCAAAAUAAAAAUUGAGCAUUUGAACACCUACCCCCAGCACCCUUUAUUAGGUGUAUGAGAUCAUUCCAAAUGCAGGAUUUCCAUAGCAGUUGCUUCCAAAGACUGUUAUAUUUCCUUGCAUACAUUGUAGGGCUCUUUGCUACCUGAAUAUGAAGCAGUACAAGGAAGCAAUUCAGGAUUGCUCAGAAGCACUUAAGAUGGACCCAAAGAAUGUCAAAGCAUUUUACAGACGAGCACAAGCAUAUAAAGAGCUCAAGGUAAGAAUCUUCCUAUAAUUUUGGGUCACUGAGUUACAGUAUGGAAAGUGCUUAUUUUCAAGCAGAUAUGUAGCUUUUUCUCCAGUUCCACCCCAUUUGCUCCAGAGCAGGACUGGGGAACCUUUCUGGCUCCAGUGGCUAGAUCUUCAUCAAUCACACUAUGUCAUUGUGACAUCACAUGAUAGGUGGGUAGCUCCACCUACCUCUCAAAAUCCCUUGCAUCUGGUUUCCAAGUGCUUUACAGCCAGCUGGAUGUUGGCUGCUUGGGAACCCACACUGGUUUAAAGCCCUUUGCAAACUUUCCUUUAAGCAAAUGGGUGGUGGGACAGGCUCCUUUCUCCCAUUUGCUUAGAGAAGCAGCACAGAGCUGCUUCAGAUAAUGUUUUGCAAAUUCGUCUCUUGAUGAACAGGGAUUAAAUCCUGCUGCCUUGGCUUUGUGAUCCUCUUCACUGCCAAGAACAGGGUUUGCAGCCAGUGCAGGAUUAAACUUUUCCCAUCAGCUGACGUCACCAAUGAAAAUGGCCUUGUGAGCUAAAGUGGACCCCCAGGUGGGCCAAAAUUGCUGGCAGGUUAGAAGUUUCUGUCUUCCCAUUCCAGAGGUUUGUAAAAGAGUUGACAUCUGGAAGGUGGCUGUUUUGGGGCAACAGCUGAAGGCAGGCUCCUCAGGAUAUUGGGAUCAUCGGGGGGGGGGGGAGGAAUUGAGAGCAUCCCAAAAAGUAAUCAAAAGCAUUUGUUUACUAAAGUCAACACUUAAUUCAGGGAGUUGUUGGUGCCUAUAUGCUGCAAAGGAUACCAGGUAAUGUUAUAAACCAUUAGAUAGAGGAUGGGGCUGUAGAAGUGGCAGUGCUCCCGAAUGCACUAAAUUCCAAAGAUUUUUAUUAAAUGUAGAGGUGCCACUUUUUGCUUUCUCCAAGUUUUCCUGAGCUGGUUUUUCGGGAGCACCUUUAUUUGUCUCCUGCCAAAUAUCUGCAUGUUUUCUUUACUUCCAGGACUACAGAUCUAGUAAAGCGGAUAUCAACAGCCUCUUGAAAAUUGAACCAAAGAACAGUGCUGCUCAGAAACUACUGCAAGAAUUAAAAUAACUCUUAAAAUAAGAGAGGCUAAAGGCAACACCAUACUCUUCUGAAGAUACGUUUCCUGUUUUGUUUUGUUUUUUUAAAAAAUGAUCACAGGGACCAGCCUGAAUGCAGAGCCAGAUGCAAAAUUCACCUUUCAGACCUGUUUGGCAUCUUUCUGGUUCCUUGCUUUAUCAGAGUUAUUUGUUCUUCCUAUAAAGGCUUCCAAAAGUUCAGUGUGACCUUCUGAGAGUCACAACUUCCUAAUAGAAUUUCCAGAGUGGUAGCUGUACUGCAAGCCCCUUAUUCUAGCAAAAUUUACCUUAACUCACUAAGAAAGAGAUUAUAGCAGACAGGGCGGCACUUAACUGAUAUUUUUUGGUAGGUGGGUGUGUUUUGCAGAGCGAAGAACUGCAAGCCUCUGGUUGUAGCUGCUUAUCCAUGUAGGUAGCAGCACAAUUGCAAGCUAAAGGCUUGGACUGACACAGUGGCUGACGGAUGUAUGUUUUUCAAAAGUAGUCUCUGCUUUGCCUUAACUUUUGUGCACUAGGCUCCAGUUGAGCGUUCUGGUCUUCGAAAUGUUCUUUAGAAAUCUAAUGCUGCUUUUAUCCUUUACCAAAGAGUCUGGUACGUUGUGCUGCUCUUAUGCUGUGUGUACCUUUUGCAGACUUGCGUUCUUUGUUAGAUUAGGCUGUUUCGUUUAUGCUUAGCUUGAUUGCCUGUAAUGUUUUUUACACACCUAUUACUUUAGGAUGACACUCCCUCCUCUGAUAUAUGUUUGAAAGUAGUUAUAGGCUAAACUUUCAGCUGGGGGUGAGGGCAGGAAGCCCAGAAAGUAGGCCGGCAUAGCCAAUUUUCCUGCUUCAUAUAGAAAGAACAUGCCCUGAAGAGUAGAGCAAUCCGCAUGUACAAAAACUUUUUGCCUACCUUCCUGCUCAUAGACCUCCUUAUGAAUAGCGGCUGAUAAAAUUGAUGUUGCUUCUAGCACUCCAGACUACAGGUAAGGUACCCAUCUGGUAGAAUGUUUCUUACUACGAAGAAUCCCUCUGCAGAGUGACCUGUGCCCCUCUGUUAUCCCUGACCAGGGCAGACCGGAGUUGAGAGUGCAACAUUUGAGUACCACCACUUCCCCAGCUCUGUAGCUGAUAAUGAAAUGGCAGGUGCCUUCUCCAUCACCUGCUUUUCUACAUUUUUUUAAAAUAGAAGGGCAUUUAUUGCAAGAGGCUUCAUCUGAACUCUGAUAGUGUCCAGGCAGUGGUUUACUAGCUCUUCUGCUCUUUGUGAAAACUAGGCUCAAAAUUCCAUAGCCCAAAAAUGGCAGUAGCCUCUUUUGAGCCUGCCCUCCAGAGCAAGCUUUGCAGUCAGUCCCUCAACCUUGUAUUAGUGAGAAGAUAGACAAUCCCCAUUUUCUUUUGCCUUAGAGCUCAUGCCAUUUUAAAGUUGGAGGGGGGAGAGUUUUGCAUAUAGUCUCUUUAACACAGCCAUGCACAGAGCAGACUAGGCACCAAAUACCCUAGAGGGAACCAUUACUGUUAAUGUUGCACUGUUCAGCAGAGUCUAGUAACAGCCGCCUCUCGCAGCCAUCUGGAAAUAUUGAGGGAAGAAAACUCAAAUCAGCCUAUGCUUCUGGUGUUUUGAACUUUUAAAUAAAUGUUUGGUUGCGCAA